GGAAUAGUUUGGACAAGAUCUGCAAAAGUUGGAGCAUUUAUUUAAGAGGAAUUCUGCUUUCAUACUGCUCCCCAGCAGCCUCCUGGUUUGUGCGUCUGUCCCGGACGAGGGGGCGGUGGGGUGGCGCCACGUCAUAUCAGCCGCCGCGCUCUGAUUGGCUGCCGAUUCUCACCCGACACAGCUGUGAUUGUUUUCUGCAGAGGAAGCUCUCGUCGCUGGAGGGGAUCGAGCAUCAGCUGAGGCGCGAAUGAUCAGGAGCGGAGCUUUCUCUUUGGACCAGACACUGAAGACGUCUGGAGAUCAAGCCUCAAAGUGCCAAAUGCCCAGACUGGAGGACCACUGCUGGAGCUGCUCCUGUGCACCAAGGGUCGAAACUAAACACUCAUCCGGGGCCAACUGGUUAGCAUCCAAAGCCGAAGAGAUGAUGUCCAUCAUCACCUCGGUGCUCAGCAAUGCCUACGGCUCUCUGCACGACGUCCGGACGGCCAACCUGAUCCGGAGGGGUCUGGUCCUCUUCACCGUGGGUGCGUUUCUCGCCCUGGUGCUCAACUUGCUGCAGAUACAAAGAAAUGUCACCCUGUUUCCUGAGGAGGUGAUGACAACUUUGUUCUCCUCUGCCUGGUGGAUCCCUCCUUGCUGCGGUACAGGAGCCGCUGUUGUCGGCCUGCUGUAUCCCUGCCUCGACAGCCAUUUGGGAGAGCCACACAAGUUCAAGAGGGAGUGGGCCAGCGUCAUGAGGUGCAUCGCCGUGUUCGUGGGCAUCAACCACGCCAGUGUUAAACUAGACUUCGACAAUAAUGUGCAGCUCUCCCUAACACUGGCAGCCUUGUCCUUGGGCCUGUGGUGGACGUUCGACCGGUCCAGGAGCGGCUUUGGUUUGGGACUCACCACUGCUGUCCUCGCUACUGUGUUCACACAGCUGCUGGUCUACAACGGAGUCUACCAGUAUACAUCUCCAGACUUCUUGUAUGUACGCUCCUGGCUUCCAUGCAUAUUCUUCUCAGGCGGUGUUACCGUGGGAAACAUUGGACGCCAACUUGCCAUGGGUGGCGUCGAGAAACCCCACAUGGACUGAACAGAACAGAAAACCAGGCGAAGGACAGCCAAUGUAAAGACGGACAAGUACAAAGAGCGAGGAGAAUAACAGGAGAAAAAGGACUCUGUUUUGACUUUAUCCUAAGUGCGGGUCAGAAAAUCCCCUCAUCUAACGUGCCAUGUCCUCUGCACCUCCUCGUGGCCAAACAACCUCUCCCUCCCACCUCUGCUCUACUCCAUUAGCAUUAAGACUUCCUUCUCACUAGACGGGAUUGACAGUGUUUGCCUUCUCUUUUUUUCUUUGUUGUUGUUGUUUUUUUUUUUGAAGUGAACUGAUUUUAUUUUCAUGCUGGAAGUUCCUGUCUUUCCUGCAGUUUAUGGAGUGGAAGCGUGCGUGUGUGCUUUAGUGUGGAUGCGUCCUGGUCUUAACGGGAAAGACUGUUUUUGUGUUGUUUUUAGCCUGAAUAUAUUAUGAUCAUAAAAAGGGAAAUGUUGUAUGAGUGGGCAAAAAAAAUGUCUUCACUCUCACGUACAGUAGAAAUGUAUUCAGCAGCUUCAGUUGCAUCACUGAGGCGCAGGGGAGAUGUAUGUUCCCAGUCAAACCAAAUUAAGUAUUUAUUUUGUAAGUUUUGAAUGACCCCAAACCAAAUGUAGCCUGAGUUUGCAAAUGAAUGACGCCUCCCGAUUUGGAAGGAAUAGUUAGGGAGUUUCUUUUUCUCUAGAGUUUGAGAUGGGAAGAUUGAUGCCACUCUCACAUCUGUAUGGUAAAUUUUUUGCUAAAGCCAGCAGAAGGGGAAAAGUGUUGGUCUAUAUUUGCUGUAAAGACAUGAGUGGUAGCCAUCCUCUCAUCUUAAGCUGAACUUUUGUUUUAAAGGUCCAGUGUGUCGAAUUUAGGGCGCUAUAUUGGCAGAAUUGGAAUGUACUGUAUGUGUUCUUUGGUGGCCUAGAAUGAGCCGUUUAUAUCUACAGUACAUAGGGAGUGGGUUCAUGGUGGCGGGGUCCGCCAUGUUUCCACAGUAGCCCAGAACGGACAAACGCUGGCUCAAGAUGGGGCCUUUCGCAUUUUAGUAUUGGCCACCAUAGUUAGCAGCCCUUCGCGACGGGCGGUGUCAGAAAACACUGAUUAUUUAAAUACGUGAAACAGCUUUAUUCAGUGUUUUUACUGCUUUUAAUCACCUCUAGGGUCGCAUUUAUAAAAGAGCGCGUAGGAUCCAUACUAGAAACGUACAUACAGACAAAAGCCAAAAGAUAUUCGACAGUUUCACCAUCUGCGUCGCCAAUUUCCCGUCUCCAAAAUGUUCGUAAGCAUGGGUCAAAGUUUCUCCCAUCAAGUCUUCUUUUAUAGAUCACAACUUUUGCGUGGUUGUGGUCACAUACGCUAUUUUCAGGCCUCGUUUUGUGCGUACGCAUUGUUCAUAAAUGAGACCCCGUGCAUGUGUUUUGUAGAGGAGGAGACCUCUGCAGAUAAUUCGACUCCCGAUUACAAAAAAACAAAAAAAAAAACUCCUGAACAAUUAUCACUGAAGGAAUCAUAUUGGAAGAAGUUUCAGCUUGUUUGCUAUCUGCGACCCUUACUGCUAGAUGCCACUAAAUCCUACACACUGUACCUUUAAAAUGACACAUUAGAGGAUGGCAGAUAGAAUGAAGAGAGAUAAGAAGUAUGUACAGGAGUGCCAAUUAGUUUGUACUGGCUGAUGGUCACUUGUAUAUAUGACGACAUUAGGUGUACCACAAGUGAAAAUGCUAAGUAUUUAGGUUCCUCAUUUAUCUGUCUGCCAGUUCACAUUUUAUGUUUUUGGAAAACUACCCUGAGACCUUCAAUACGUUGUUUUGUCUGUGUCUAACAAGUGCAAGACAAACAUACAGAGGAUUGUUUAGUAAGAAAGUAGGCAAAAGGAAGACGUCAAAGUCUGAAUUGAAAAAAAAAAAAUGCCAGUACUGUAUGUGCACAUUUUGUGUAUUUUUUAUUAGCUGAGCAAAAGACAGCCACCACAGUGGGCCGUGUUUUUUAAGAAUGUACCACCAGUACUGAUCUAGUCCUCCAGUGAUUCUGUCGAAUUUGUGACCAGGUGUUAAAUGUCUUUGUGAUCGUACACAUUUCCAACUCCAAAUUCAAGCUAGUGUUAAAAUUUUGGGAACAUACAGCAGUUAAAGGAGAGGGCGGGACAUUAUUACUUAAGAUUUGCAAUCUGUGAUUGCCUGUGUAUUAUAGAAUGUAGUGCUUUUGUCACUAUAACAGUUUAGUUUUAUCAUUUGUACAAACAUAAUGACAUUAUUGCUUGUGUAUAAUGGCUUUCCUAUGUGAUCAGACAGGUAUUAUUGCUAGACCUACAGUAUGUUAGUUAGCGUUUGGGGGUCUAGAGGAUUAAGUGCAAUCAGAAUAUACAUGAGCCGAUUACUCCUCCUUAUUUAUUUCUUAUUAUUUCUGACAGUGGCUAAACAAAAAAGAUAACUUGUUGUAUAUGCAGUGCGGAUACUUCAAAAAAAAAAGCAAUAACAUCUUUCUUUUCUGUGAGCAGGAUUGGUGUCAGAGAUUACAUGCCUUCAGAGUCAAAACCAAUGACGACAUAAAAAAAAAUAUUGUGUCAAACUGUGUGUGUAGGAAAAAAAAAUUUAGUUGCAUCGUCGAAGGAAUUUUAUUUUUUUAAAUGUGUUUUUGUGGCAGAUCACUUCAGGUUGAAUCUGCUGACAUUCAGGUGUGUUAAACUGAAGAGGAAGCUUUAUUUUUUUGGAGGUGGUGAAGCACCUUUUUGUUUCGAUGUUUUAGAGUUUUUGUGUGUCUGAUAUUUUAGCCGUGUAUCAUUUUUGCUACCAUGGAUUUAAGUGAAAAAUAAAAACACCUGAUAAGGA